UAAAUGGAAUAAAAUAACAUUUUAUUUAGAAGCGCCUUUCAAGAAUUGAGUAUACCUUAGAAGCAGUUAAAUAAUAAAAUCACAGUAUGGCUAAUACCACUUGAAAGAGAACAUACUACAUAAUACUACAUAGUAUUGGGUAGUAUUGUAGUGAAUACUGCAUAAAAUGAAUCAGAAAAGGAAAGUUUAAAAAUAUGUGUGUAAUGUUGUGAAAGUGGUGUGAAAGAAAGUUCCAGUGCACACUCAGCUGAAAGUACUGGAGGGUAAUUUGAGCAGAUGGGAAAAUAACAGUAGCAGAGGAGGAUGACGUCAGAGUACGGGAAGGAGUGGAGAUGUGCUGAAGAUCAGAUAUGGAGGUGUGACUUUAUGGAGAUAUUUUGAAGUAAGAAGCAGAAUCUAAAAUCAAUGUGAUAUUUCACAGGAAACCAGUGAAGUGGUUGAAGAGCAGUAGUAAUGGGUUCGAUUAAUGACACAAGCAGCUGAACUUUGCACCAGCUGAAGUCUAUGGAGAUAUUUGUGUGGUAAUCUAGACAGGAUAAAAUUAUAAUAAUCCAUAUGGAAUAUAACCAGAGCUUGUACAAGAAUAGCAGUACUGUUAUCUGUGGGGAAUGAUAACUAAUUUUAUGUAGCUGGAAAUAUGAUGACCAAGUAAUAAUACUGAUAAGUAUUUCAAAGUUUAGUGCUCUAUCAAGAGAAACAUCUCCUCAUCUCCGAAUAACAAUGUAUGGUCAUACAAUGUACUAUAUGGAUUAUCUGCCACAUGCUGUGGGAUCAUAAAAAUUAUACUACUGAAAAGGGCAUAAAGGUAUUACACUGCACGGCGCAGUAACACUGAGGUGGAAAAUUUCUGGCUUCACCAGAUUGGAUAAAGGCUCCAUAAUAUCCAGAAUUAGCUGCAGAUGUAGAGAGACGUGUUCUUAAGAACAACAUGAGACAUAACUUUGUGACAACAUUAAGAUUUAAGAGCAAUAUAAAGGGAUAGAUAUAUGGAAAAUAUUCUCAGAAACUGUGGAUUUUGCCUUGCCCCACUUCUUUUAGAGAACAAGGGUUUGAAUUUCAUUGAGGUUUUGUGUAUGUUGAGCCUAAUUAAACUGAUUCCUAGAAACAGUUUUGGGGUAUUUCAUAAAAUAUUUUGUUCCAGACGUUGGAGGACCAAAUAAUCUCUUUUGUGAGGAACGAGCUGAAGAACAUCAAGACAGGUCUGAGUCCAGAUGACCUAGAAUGUUUUAAGAGUCAAUGUGAGGAUGAGGCUGUAUUACAGAGUGUGGAUGAAGAACACAGUACGAGCAGAAGAGAAGCUUUUGUGAUGAUUACAGUGGACUUCCUGAAGAGAAUGAAGCAGAUUAAGUUCGCUGAGUGUUUGCUGAGAGGAACCUGCACUCGGAACUUCCAGCGGCAUCAACAUGAAUUUAAAUCUAACAUGAAGAAGAAGUUCCAAUGUGUGUUUGAGGGGAUCGCUAAAGCAGGAGACCAAACCCUUCUGAAUCAGAUCUACACAGAGCUCUACAUCACAGAGGGACGGACUGUAGAUGUCAGCGAUGAACAUGAGGUCAGACAGAUUGAAACAACAUCCAGGAAACCAGACACUCUAGAAGCAAUAAUCAGACAAGAAGACAUCUUUAAAGACUCACGUGAAAGACAUAAACCAAUCAGAACAGUGCUGACAAAGGGAGUGGCUGGCAUAGGGAAAACUGUCUUAACACAGAAAUACACCCUCGACUGGGCUGAAGACAAAGCCAACCAGCACAUCGAGUUCAUAUUUCCAUUCACUUUCAGAGAGCUGAAUGUGCUGAAAGAGGAAAAGUUCAGCUUGGUGGAACUUGUUCAUCACUUCUUUACUGAAACCAAAGAAGCAGGAAUCUGCAGCUUUGAAGACUUCCAGGUUGUGUUCAUCUUUGAUGGUCUGGAUGAGUGUCGACUUCCUCUGGACUUCCACAAAACUACAAUCCUAACUGACCCUAGAAAGUCCUCCUCAGUGGAUGUGCUGCUGAUAAACCUCAUCAGGGGGAAACUGCUUCCCUCUGCUCGUCUCUGGAUAACCCCCCGCCCUGCAGCAGCCAAUCAGAUCCCUCCUGAAUGUCUUGGCAGGGUAACAGAGGUCAGAGGGUUCACUGACCCACAGAAGGUGGAGUACUUCAGGAAGAGAUUCACAGAUAAGAAGCAGAUCAGCACCAUCAUCUCCCACAUUAAGACCUCACGAAGCCUUCACAUCAUGUGCCACAUCCCAGUCUUCUGCUGGAUCACUGCUACAGUUGUGGAGGAUGUGCUGAAAACCAGAGAGGGAGGACAGCUGCCCAAGACCCUGACUGAGAUGUACAUCCACUUCCUGGUGGUUCAGGCCAAAGUGAAGAAGGUCAAGUAUGAUGGAGGAGCUGAGACAGAUCCACACUGGAGUCCAGAGAGCAAGAAGAUGAUUGUGUCUCUGGGAAAACUGGCUUUUGAUCACUUGCAGAAAGGAAACCUGAUUUUCUAUGAAUCAGACCUGAUAGAGUGUGGCAUCGAUAUCAGAGCAGCCUCGGUGUACUCAGGAGUGUUCACACAAAUCUUUAAAGAGGAGAGAGGACUUUACCAGGACAAGGUGUUCUGCUUUAUCCAUCUGAGUGUUCAGGAGUUUCUGGCUGCUCUUCAUGUCCAUCUGACCUUCAUCAACUCUGGAGUCAAUCUGCUGGUAGAACAAGUAAUUACAUCCCAGAUGUCUGAAAGAAGAGAAGAAUCUGCAGGGAGACACUUCUACCAGAGUGCUGUGGACAAGGCCUUACAGAGUCCAAAUGGACACCUGGACUUGUUCCUCCGCUUCCUCCUGGGUCUUUCAUUGCAGACCAAUCAGACUCUCCUACGAGGCCUUCUGACAGAGACACGAAGUAACAAACAGGAAACAGUUCAGUACAUCAAGAAGAAGCUCAGUGAGAAUCUGUCUGCCGAGAAAAGCAUCAAUCUGUUCCACUGUUUGAAUGAACUGAAUGAUUGUUCUCUAGUUGAAGAGAUCCAACAGUCGCUCAAAUCAGGAAGACUUUCCCAAAAUAAACUUUCUCCUGCUCAGUGGUCAGCUCUGGUCUUCAUCUUACUGUCAUCAGAAAAAGAUCUGGAUGUGUUUGACCUGAAGAAAUACGUUUCAGAGGAGGCUCUUCUGAGGCUGCUGCCAGUGGUCAAAGUCUCCAACAAAGCUCUACUGUCUGGCUGUAACCUCACAGACAGAAGCUGUGAAGCUCUGUGCUCAGUUCUCAGCUCCCAGUCCUCUAGUUUGGGAGAACUAGACCUGAGUAACAAUGACCUGUGUGACUCAGGAGUAAAGCUUCUAUCUGCUGGAUUGAAGAGUCCAAGCUGUUCACUGAAAACUCUCAGUCUAUCAGGCUGUCUAAUUACAGAGGAAGGCUGUACUUCUCUGGCUUCAGCUCUGAACUCCAACCCCUCCCAUCUGAGAGAGCUGGACCUGAGCUACAAUCAUCCGGGUCCCUCAGGAGUGGAGCUCCUUUCGUCUCAACUGAAGGAUCCACGCUGGAGACUGGACACUCUCAGGGUGGAGCCUGCUGGAGUCCAGUGGUUGAGACCAGGUCUGAGGAAGUAUUCCUGUCAACCCACAAUUGACACAAACACAGUACACAGAAACCUCAAACUGUCUGACAACAACAGGAAGGUGACACAUGUGCAUGAGGUUCAGUCGUAUCCUGAUCACCCAGACAGAUUUGAUGUUCAUCAGCUGCUGUGUAGAAAUGGUCUGACUGAUCGCGGUUACUGGGAGGUCGAGUGGAAAGGAGAGGUUUGGAUAACAGUGAGUUACAGAAGCAUAAGAAGGAAAGGAGUCAGCAAUGACUGUUAUUUUGGAGAGAAUGAUCAUUCCUGGAGGUUGUAUUGCUCUGAUGCUGGUCCUAUUUAUGUUUGUCACGAUACCAAAUUCGUAUCCACCACCACCUCCUCCUCCGUCUCUAACAGAGUAGCAGUGUACGUGGACUUUCCUGCUGGAACUCUGUCCUUCUACAGAGUCUCCUCUGACACUCUGAUCCAUCUCCACACAAUCAACACCACAUUCACUGAACCUCUUUAUCCUGGAUUAAAAGUCUUUAUGGGUGCCUCAGUGUGUCUGUGCUGAGUUGAGUGUAAAGAGUGUCCUCCUGUUAGAGAAACACUGACUGUUGAACAGAUAGUUCAGUCUGUACAUGUCUGUCUCUUUCACUCAGAAACACGUUUUCAGAUUCAUGGAUUCAGUUGAUGUUUUAAACUAUUGAUUGAUGAUGUGACUGAUUCCUUGUAAAUUUCUUCAUCUUCAGGCCUGAAGCUCCGUUUACAACCAGCUCCUCUGCAUUUUCAUCAAGCCUGAGCUCAUUAAAAUGAAUCCAAAUGUUUGAUUUCUCUUUCUUAAUGGGAUUUUUCCAAAGUCUCCACAUGCUCUUACUGUUUCACUCAUUGUUGGAAGCUAAUAAUUUGAAAAUGUUUCAGCCAUAUAAGCUGAAAAUAUUGGCUCAAUAGUUUUAAAUGCAGUUAUAACCAGAAUAUCAUUGUUUUGAGGGAUCAUAAUGCAUAUGGCUUAUCUAAUAAACAGCAAAGGCUUCAAUCCUGAUUUGAAAGUAGUCUUGUGUUUUUCCAAUGUUGAACAAGAACAUGGUGCAGGAUGUUGGUACCAGCUUGGUUAUCAAACACAUGAAAUAUGUAAAUAUGUGUGUAUGGCACUGCAUAUGUUGUGUAUCACUUUAGUUUGUAUGAAAUAUGAAAACUAUCACAGUGUCCUGGUGAAGAAUCUGCUGAAAUUUCUGACAGACAUUCGAUUUAUUGUCUUUUUGUUUUUCAAUUUGAUAAAAUGCUGCAUGAAAAACAAAGAGGAAGUGAUGACAGAUGUGUUUAUGUCCACAAAGCAGAAUGAGCUCUGUUGCUGACAAUAAGUGAUGUACAAAGAGAGUAAGCAUUUCUGAGGACUUGGAAAGAAAAGAGAAGCACAAUCACUGAUUGUGAGCUCACCAACACACUUUGUUUGUCUUCACAGAGAAAAACACACUUCUUGCUGCUGAUGUUUCACAAUAAAAGCCACGAUAAGAAACAGAAAAGCUGUAAAAAACAUUUGAUUGAAUUGGGGGAAAUGUCUGAAUCUAUCUAGUGUGAUAUUAUUCUGUUAUCAUAUGUUACCUUAUAUAUGUAAUCAAAGUAGUUGAAUUAUGAUAACAGCUGUAGGACAUAUAUUAUCCUUUAGUUUAGAUGGUGUGCUGUGUAUGUAGUUUAGUCCUCAUUAUACUUUUGGGUUAAAAGAACAUAAUCAUUUUGUAGUUCAUUAGAUAAGUGUGCAUCACUCUGUAUCCUUGAUCUGCUGUGAAUGUCUUACACUGUUUUCUUGACAUGCUUUAUUGUUGAAUCAUAAGGUUGUAAGCAGGAGACUUGGUGUCUAGGGCAGAAGAGAUAAAUCACAUUCCAUACCCCCACCUUCCUUAGAGCAGAAAGACAGGGAGCCAAGGUCAGGAGCCAGUCUCGCUAAGAAUUAGAAAAACAUGUGAAGAUGUAGCUUUUAUGACUAGGUGGGGGUCGUCAGAAGCUAUAAGAGGUUGUGUAACCCGUCACCAUUUUGAGAUUUGCUGUGACCCUCUUCAUGCAUGUCUCCCCAUCAUGAUGGUUCUAAUGCUCAUAAGUGUUGAAUUGUGUGGAAAUAAAUGAUUGUUGAUUGAGCAUUUAUACACAGAGUACUGUCCUUCCUUCAGCCCAAAGAUUAAAAGAAUUGGGAGAUUUCAACAACUUGGUGCCGUGUGACCCGGAUCGUUGGUGUGCUGAGGAGGUGCAGAUUUGGCCUGUGGUGAGAUUGUGAGGCGAGGCGAACAGAGGGCGGCCUAAAACAGAAAGGUAAGCACAGCCUGUUGUAUUAUAAAUACCAAAUGUGCAUAUUGGGCUUUCCAAAUUAAUCUGUUUGCUGAGUUACAUGUAUUUUCACAUUAAAUUUGUCGGUGUCUGGUUUUUGGCGCAAGAUACUAACAACAUAAGUUGAGGCUGAAUUCCAGUG